ACAUCCCCACCCCCCACAUUUAACACCAAAAAAGGCAAAGAAUCAAAACCCAAACAAUUUGCAAAUCACACACACAAGAAUUCAGAUUUAGGGCAUCAAAAACGCACCCACACCAACUUACUCCAUUCGCACCUCAUAAAUAAUCUCCAGAUCACAAACAACCUACCUACAAAGUUACCUUGUUUGAAAUUCUAUGCCUCUUUUUUAAGCCCACCAAAACCAAAAACAUAACAAAGGUUUCAUUUUCCCCUUCUGUUCUGUAAUAUUCAUCGCUAUUUCCUCUUCAGAUUCUACAGAUUCUCCCCCAAACUUUCACUCUACUUAGAUUCUCUCUAAAAAAAAGCUUUUUCGUUUUUGCAUUUGUAAACCCAAAUUUCAAAACUCACUGGUUUUCUUCAAUAGGCUGGAUUUUCUUUAAGUGUCUGGGGGCGACAAUUACUUUGUCAACUAUCUUCCGUGUCAACCCUAAAAUUGCACAUUAUGGUUUUUUUUAGUUUAUAUUAGUUGUUUUUAGUCUACUUGAACUUUUUAGAUGAUUUGAAUUAGGGUUUUUCUGGAGUUCUGGUUUACUCUUUUGGAUUUUCACCAUGUCGGAUGAUUUGUUUCUGCAAUUCUCUUCAAACUCUUCGAAUCAAUCAGACCCAUCUUUGCCUACGAAGCUUGCUAAACUCGAAGCUCGGAUGGCGGGAAAAGGGGCAACCCCUGUACAAGCAUCUUGGUCUUCUGUUAAUAAAUUUGGAGCUGCUGAAGAACUAGCUAUGCCUGAGCAAUCAUAUUCAAGCGAUUCAGAAGAGGAUACUGCAGCACAGUUUCUUAUACAACCAAAUCCUCAGAAGCGUUUGAAGCUUCAAGAGGAUGAUCAGUCGAUUGGUUUUCAACAAUCUCAGGAAAAACAGGUACCUGCCGAAGAAAGAAUUAAAACAGUUGAUACAGGGGAUGCAAAAUUUGGUUCUGAAGAUACAGUAAGAAAAAGACAAGGUCGUGGCAGGGGACGUUCUAGUACAGGCAGAGGUCGUGGUUCAAAAGCUAAUGAUCAAGUCCGUCCACAAGCUUCUCCUUCCGCUUCUCCACCAUCAAAUGGUCAACCUGAGAACGCGUUGCAUAAGGAGAGUCGACCUAAAGAAGUGCAUGGUAAGGAUGAGAAAGCUUUCAUAGAGGAGGAAAAUGUGUCCCUGCGGGCUGAAGUUGCACUUCUGACAGAGGAACUGCGUAAAAUGCGUCAAGAAAGAUCAGAUGGACAGCGGGAGUCCUCACAAUUAAAAAAAGAAUUGAAAGACAUUAAAGAUCAAGAGCAGCAAACAAAACCAAAGAGAAUAAAAGUUGUAUCUGAGCUCCUAAUAUCUGUCUCGAAAGCAGAGAGACAAGAAGCAAGGAUGAAAGUACGCCAGGAUUCGUUGAGAUUUGGCAAUGUGGGUGUGUUGAGAGCUGGCACUAUCAUAUCAGAAACAUGGGAGGAUGGACAGGCACUGAAAGACCUUAAUACUCAUCUUAAACAUUUAUUGGAAAUGAAGGAGUCUAUUGAGCGGCACAGAAAGUCAUUGAAGAAACGCCAGUCUGACAAGGGCGACGGAAAUGAUGCCGAAACAGGAAUGCCAGAAGAGGAAUUUCUCGUCCAGGAUGAAAUUUGUAAAACUCGUCUGGCCAGCAUCAAACGUGAAGAAGAAGUUUCUUUGCGGGAGAGAGAUCGCUGUGAACUAGAGAAGGGCAGACUGAUACGUGAAAUGAAGCGUAUUCGUGAUGAAGAUGGAUCUCGUUUUAACAAUUUUCAAAUUCUGAAUCACCGAUAUGCCCUAUUGAACCUUCUCGGAAAGGGUGGUUUCAGUGAGGUUUACAAGGCAUUUGACUUGGUGGAGUACAGAUACGUGGCAUGUAAACUUCAUGGUUUAAAUGCACAGUGGAGUGAAGAGAAGAAGCAGAGUUAUAUUCGCCAUGCUAUUCGAGAAUAUAACAUUCAUAAGACAUUGGUGCAUCAUCAUAUUGUUCGGCUGUGGGACAUCUUUGAAAUCGACCACAACACAUUUUGCACCGUUUUGGAAUAUUGCAGUGGGAAAGAUCUUGACGCAGUUCUUAAAGGAACACCUGUACUUCCAGAGAGGGAAGCGAAGAUUGUUAUUGUUCAGAUAUUUCAAGGUCUUGUUUACUUGAACAAGAGACCUCAAAAGAUCAUCCAUUAUGAUUUGAAGCCUGGAAAUGUUCUCUUCGAUGAACUUGGUGUGGCUAAAGUGACUGAUUUUGGUCUAAGCAAGAUAGUGGAGGAUGAUGUUGGAUCGCAAGGCAUGGAACUUACGUCUCAGGGUGCUGGAACUUAUUGGUACUUGCCUCCGGAAUGCUUUGAGCUCAGCAGAACUCCUCUUAUUUCAUCGAAGGUGGAUGUAUGGUCAGCUGGUGUUCUGUUUUACCAAAUGUUAAUUGGCAAACGGCCAUUUGGGCAUGACCAAACACAAGAGCGGAUUCUGCGUGAGGAUACUAUAAUAAGGGCACGCAAGGUAGAGUUCCCAUCACGGCCCACUGUCUCAAGUGAGGCAAAGGAUCUAAUUCGACGAUGUUUGACAUAUAACCAAGCAGAUAGGCCAGAUGUUCUGACUAUUGCUCAAGAUCCAUAUCUUUCCUACACAAAAAAGCGAAAUAAUGAUUCAAGAGACUUGGCUUAAAGCAACUGAAGGGAGGGGUAGCCAUGAGUAUACGGGAGUGAAAAGAAGAUGGCGGAUUCAUUCUUUUGUUUACCCUCAUGGGAAUUUUGUAAAUGUGUAAUAUUUUGGUUUUUGUUUUGUACUCUGUCGUUAACCCGACAUGUUCCAGUUCUUUUCUCCGGAUUUUUUUUUCUUCUUUUUAAUAUAUAUAAUGUACUCGGUCCAUAAUCUCUGUUUUCAUACAAAAUGAAAUCAAUAGUUUUUCU